AUGACAGAGAAGAAGGAGGCCGCGCAGGUGUUGUCGAGUACAGUCGAAGAGCCUUUGGAUCUCAUCAAGCUCAGCCUUGAUGAACGUGUUUACGUGAAAAUGCGCAACGACAGAGAGAUACGUGGUCGGCUUCACGCUUACGACCAGCACUUGAACAUGAUCCUUUCGAACGUGGAAGAAACGGUAACAACUUCUGAGGUGGACGAGGAAUCUUUCGAGGAAAUUUAUCGACAAACAAAGAGAAACAUCCCAAUGUUGUAUGUCCGCGGUGACUCUGUGAUUCUUGUCUCGCCUCCUGUUCGUGCUUCAUAA